AUGGACCUUUCACAGCUCCCAGAUGUGAGCAACCUGCUUGUCACGGCAGAUAAUCCAGCUCGCGAUGAUAUACCAGGCAUGGACCAUGAACGAUGUGCUGCUCUGCACAAUUACCUGCUACAUUACGCCUGGCUGGCUGAGGGCCAUCCAUCAUCUAGUCUGCGUAAUAACACCAAUACCUUCUUCACCGUUCACGGUGCCGCAGCUGAGCAGCUUCGUCCGCGGCUCAACAUGUCGCUGGCGACUUUCCUUGACAGCGCCAAGCUGCCUCCUGCUGGCCCUGAGCGGCCGCCAUUCUUCUUUUGGGCCAACGCGCUCUCCGACCCAGAAUUUCUUUUCGAUGAAUGGCUGGCUGACAUGUUCGACCAGCCAGCAGACAGCCUGGUGUGCUUGUACUUCCCCAACAUUGGUCAGGGCGGUGAAUCUGGCGGCGGCGUGCUCUAUCACCAACGCUACCACCGUGCCGCGGUAUUCAUGCAUAUGGAUGACCACGGCUUUGCGUUGCCCUUGGAGGAGCACAGAGAGCUUUGGCACCCACUCGAGACUGUGCUGUCCAACUGGAUUGACCUGAUUCGCCUUGGCAAGGUUACAGCGUCACCCAGGGACGAGCCGGCCCUGUUUGGCAGUGAGAAGAUCGGCCCCUGGGAGUGGCGACCUUACAGUGAAGCCCAAGUUGCGUCUUGCAUCCGCGCGUGGAACCGCCUGUGCGAGGCCAUUGAGGCGCGGAUGCCAUCGCAGCCUCCUUCAGCGGUAGAUCUGGGGCCUCUGCUCGCACCCGCCGUCCUAGAUGAAGCCUCAGUGCCGCAAAAUUGCUUUUCACGCUCCUUUCUCACCGCUGCUCGUCGGCCUCUGUUUGAUUUCAUUGCUCCCGGCCUUACUCUCCCCCCCGCAGACACGUCUGCUUUCGCCGCGGUGCAACCCUUCACGAAAUUAUCUCGUGGCUGUCACACCAUACCUUCUGUUUGUAUCUUCCCCGCCGCUAGCGGUGAAGAGGUUGAUUUGACGGGAUCGUCAUAUCCGUUUUCUAUCGGCAUUGAUGACUCAGUGCCGUCCCGGGUCGUUGCCGGUGUGUACAGCGAACCAGUUGAUAGGAAUAACUACGACUAUGCCGAGGAAGGAUUUCGGCUAUUACUUCCGUAUGGCUUCAGGGGUGACUGGGAUGCUAGUCUAGGCGCGCGGAAAAGCGAUGGAUCAACUAUCGAAAGGAAUAACGGCACAGAGCUUUUUCAGCACGGAUACAAACCUUUUGGCGGCGACUACUACCGGGCUCAACGGCUGGAACGUUUGUUUGACUGUUGGUGCAAGCUUGUUGAAGAAGGUGUCUGGUCGGUUGGUCCACAAGGAAUAAAGGGCACCAUUGACACUUUUAAGGAGGCUGACACAGAGCGGUGGAAGGACUACCUCAUCCCGCCCACCUGGUGAUACGCCGCCAGCUUUACAUCCCCUUAUUUGGGGCCUAGAGCUAUUGGCUUCGGCGUAUUCCGACCCGUGAACAAACUUCACUCCUAUUCUGGGAGGAUGAAAGAAGUAUGUAAGGGCCUGCAAGGCUGGACCUUGUAUUAACGCCACAAUGGUUGUACAACAAGCUUAGCCAUCUUCUUUCGCAGUCAGUGAGUUAUAUGUAAUGUG